GUGAACAUCAGUGAAUAUAAAUAUCAACAUAGAAAUCGAAAAUGGCUCGUACCAAGCAAACCGCUCGCAAGUCGACUGGUGGCAAGGCGCCACGCAAACAACUGGCCACCAAGGCGGCUCGUAAGAGCGCCCCAGCCACCGGAGGCGUGAAGAAGCCCCAUCGCUAUCGCCCCGGAACUGUGGCCCUGCGUGAGAUCCGUCGCUACCAGAAGAGUACCGAGCUGCUGAUUCGCAAACUGCCUUUCCAGCGUCUGGUGCGUGAGAUCGCUCAGGACUUCAAGACUGAUUUGCGGUUCCAGAGCUCGGCAGUGAUGGCUCUUCAGGAAGCUAGCGAAGCAUAUCUUGUUGGCCUUUUUGAAGAUACCAACUUGUGUGCCAUUCAUGCCAAGCGUGUAACAAUCAUGCCCAAGGACAUCCAGUUGGCCCGUCGCAUUCGCGGUGAGCGUGCUUGUGGCAAAGUGAAGGGAAAGGCAAAGUCCCGCUCCAACCGGGCUGGUCUUCAGUUCCCAGUAGGCCGUAUUUACCGUCUGCUCCGCAAGGGCAACUAUGCCGAGCGUGUUGGUGCCGGCGCUCCGGUUUACCUGGCUGCCGUGAUGGAAUAUCUGGCCGCCGAGGUUCUCGAGUUGGCUGGCAAUGCUGCUCGUGACAACAAGAAGACUAGGAUUAUCCCGCGUCAUCUGCAGCUGGCCAUUCGCAACGACGAAGAAUUGAACAAGCUGCUCUCCGGCGUCACCAUUGCCCAGGGUGGAGGUGCGGCCUUGCCUCUUCAGGGCGUACACGACAUCCAUGGCUGUGACAGUCUUCCUCUUGGCGUGUUCGGUGUAGGUGACGGCAUCACGGAUAACGUUCUCCAGGAACACCUUCAGAACGCCACGUGUUUCCUCAAAUCGAAAAUGGCUCGUACCAAGCAAACCGCUCGCAAGUCGACUGGUGGCAAGGCGCCACGCAAACAACUGGCCACCAAGGCCGCUCGUAAGAGCGCCCCAGCCACCGGAGGCGUGAAGAAGCCCCAUCGCUAUCGCCCCGGAACUGUGGCCCUGCGUGAGAUCCGCCGCUACCAGAAGAGUACCGAGCUGCUGAUUCGCAAACUGCCUUUCCAGCGUCUGGUGCGUGAGAUCGCUCAGGACUUCAAGACUGAUUUGCGGUUCCAGAGCUCGGCAGUGAUGGCUCUUCAGGAAGCUAGCGAAGCAUAUCUUGUUGGCCUUUUUGAAGAUACCAACUUGUGUGCCAUUCAUGCCAAGCGUGUAACAAUCAUGCCCAAGGACAUCCAGUUGGCCCGUCGCAUUCGCGGUGAGCGUGCUUAAGCUGAGACGGUCUCAACUAGCGACCAAUGCGCUAGCAUACUUUGUACAAAUCGGUCCUUUUCAGGACCACAAAAUACUUUUGAUGACAUAUUAAUUUUUCUUUUGCCGUCUUCUAAUUAUAAUAAAUAUGUAAAUAUGUAUUUUA